UCAGUGCAUCAAGGUCCAGUUUGCGCAGAACAUCCCCGUUCCUCUUCAACAGGAUGGAUCAGAUUCUUUUUGGGUGGGCACUUUCUGCCCCUCCUCUGGAAACUGACGAAAUCGUGGGUGGACAUGGAAUUUGAACUUGCUGCCGGCUCAUGUCUCCAGUCUUUUCGUGGGCACCAGGGAAAGAAAGAGCACUGCAGUCUGCUGCUCACUAUUGGAGCAUCAGAGAUACUAGCACUUUUUUUUUAAAGGAUUGCAUUUGGAGGAUCAGGAAUAGCCAAGACUGCCUUCAGGAAAAAAACUGAGAUGUUGGACGUUAAGCACAUCCUCUGGUUGGUCUGUGCCUGCAGCGCUGCUGUUACCAAAGAUGACUCUGCUCGUAGGAUGAGGGUGAUGAUUUCUCAAGUGAGGGGCUCGCUGGCCGAGCAGGUGGUCCUGCCCUGCUAUUUCUCCAUCCUCCCGCCUCCUACCGGCAGCUCCAGCACCUCCACCACUGCAGCCAAGUCCCCCAGCUCCCACCCAGACCAUCUCCGCAUCAAGUGGACUAAACUCGUGGGAGAUGAGGAAACCGUAGUGCUAGUGACCCAGAAUGGGUUCCUGAAGAUCGGGCCGGAGUUUAAAGGCAGGGUAUCGAUUCCCAGCCACUUUGAAGACAUGGGCAACGCAUCUCUGACCAUAGAGAGGCUCAGGGCCAGUGAUGCGGGCGCUUACCGCUGCGAGGUCAUGCACGGCAUUGAAGACACUCAAGACUCCGUCUACCUGAAUGUCAGCGGUGUUGUGUUUCAUUACCGCUCCAGCACCAGUCGCUACACUCUAGAUUUCGAGCGAGCCAAGCAGGCCUGCAUUGAUGUGGACGCCACCAUCGCCACCGCCGAGCAGCUUUAUUCUGCCUACGAGGACGGAUUUGACCAGUGCGACGCCGGGUGGCUGGCCGACCAAACCGUCAGAUACCCCAUAACAAGGCCACGUGAAGGCUGUCACGGCGAUAUGGUUCUGAGGCCAGGAGUCAGGUCAUACGGACUCCGAAACUCCUCUGAAACGUAUGAUGUGUACUGCUAUGUAGGGAAACUGCAAGGUGAGGUGUAUUUCACUGCUGCUGAUGCUGGGAUGACUCUAGCUGAGGCCAGGGAGGAGUGCGAGAGACAGGACGCAGUUUUAGCGUCUCCAGGUCACCUGCAUGCAGCCUGGAGGGCCGGCUUGGACCGCUGUGACUUCGGCUGGCUGUCUGACGGCAGCGCCCGCUACCCCAUCUCUGUACCCAGAAUGCAGUGCGGCAAAGGACAGAUGGGUGUGAGGACUAUGUACCGCUUCAGAAACCAGACCGGAUUUCCCUUACCGAGCGAGAAGCUGGGUGCUUUCUGUUUUAAAGGAUGGGAUCCCACAACUGUACCCCCAGCUGGACCAACAACACCUCCAGUUAUCUUAGACAGCCAUCUACUCUCUUCCCUUAAAGCAGUCUCUUCUGUGCCAGCCCAUGGCACCACAGAAGAGCCACCAUCCAUGUUCUCUGCAAGCAUGGCUCCACGUGAUAGAGCCACUCCUGAAACGUAUGCCUUUGCUGAAGCCAUUGCUGUUGUACCAACUGAAGCUGAAAGAAUUUUGGAUAUGGAAACCAAAAUAUUUAAUGACUAUGAAAACACAGACAGCUCCUUGGUGCAAGGGGUACCCCAUGAUAUAGAUAACUACUUUGCUGUCCAGCUACCCUCAGCUACACCUACCACACCUGCAAUGCCACAUUAUUCAGAUUCAGUCUCUUCUAUGCCAGCCCAUGGCACCAGAGAAGAGCCACCAUUCAUGUUCUCUGUAAGCAUGGCUCCACACGACAGAGGUGCUCCUGAAGCAAAUCCCUCUGCUGAAGCCAUUGCUGUUGUGCCAACUACAGCUGAGACUGUUUUGGAUAUGGAAACCACACCAGUCCCUACUACACCUGGAAUGCCCCAUUAUUCAGAUUCCUUCUUCUCUAUCCAUCUUCCCCGUCAGCCCACCGCAGGGAACAUGCAUCCUGGGAUGGAUACUCCACAUGGGGGAGACAAUGGUGUGGAGGGUAGCAGCAGUGGUGACACGGACACUUCUGAGAGUGUGAUUCCUACUUCACCUGUGUUUACUACAGACUUGCAAGGAGAUCCAGACAAGCCAAAAAUUGUGUACAAAGAGGAUGAAACCACAGCAAACAUGACUGAAGGAAGUCUGGAGUCCACUUUGCUAACCCCAGAUUUUAGUGAAGUGAACUUGCACAGCCAGCAGAAUGACACCAAGAAGGAUGUUGACUUUCCACUGGGCAUUAAUGUGUUCGUAUACAACAUUACACAGGGAAAGUCAUCAGUUAAUGCUGUUGAUGAUGAAGGAGUUGCUGCUGUUCUAAAAUUCAUUGAAGAAUCAAGAGUUUCUGCUGGUGUUGAAAAUGAGCCACCUUUAGUUGAGACCUUUAGUGGAGACCUAAUAGGUGAAACAUCAGCUUCUGUUACCAUCACCCCAAAAGUGAGUUUCGUUAAUGGAAAGCACGAGUUGACUCUGAAACCAGACACUGACCAAACUCUGGAAGCUAGAGGAGACCAGUUUGACACUGCUAUCCCACCAACAGAAAAAAACAUCCCAGAUAAUGAGAUAGAAAUACUUAAGGAGGAUGCUGAAGGCACCACAUCUUCCCCUGAAACAGACGUAUCUGGCUCAAUGGCCACAAGCCCAACUGAGCCUCCUUUCUCACCAAAGAGCUUGGAAAGUAUAACCAUGACAGAGCUACCCACAUUUUCAACCAAAUCUCCAAGCCAGGAAAUGACCCCACAAACCUUAUCAUUUAGCAAGCAUGAAGAAGGUUCGGGGUUGCACACAACAGAUGAUGAAGAGGAACUGACCACCUUGGAAGGUUCUGCUGAUGACACAGCUGAACCAACUAAUGGCCAAUAUGAGGUGGCUACCGAUGAGACUGAAAUAGCUGAAACAGGGAAGACUAUAACAGCAUUUGGGGUUGACUGCAAUACCAAAGGACCAAUUGUCACAACAACAGAAGCCAGCAUUGUAGAAAUUAAGGAAACAGAGAACAGAGAAAUGAAACCAGAAACAGAAGAUUUUGAGGGCUCAACCUCCACUGAAGACGAGGGCUCAGGACCAGAUAUAUAUGCAACAGAAGAAUCAAAACACACAACUUUAUCUCCAUCUUUCACUGUAUCAUCUCACAGCUUUAUAAGUUCCUUAACAAGUACUCAUCCCAUAGAUCCAAGGCAACCUGUUAGUUUAGCUUUGCCCAGUAUAGAGCCUACGAUUCGGGUGGUUUCAACGGAGGCAAUCUCAGAAGAAAGCACUCCUUAUAUUACACACUCGGAGAAAGACCAAGACACAAGUACAACUAAAAAUCCUUUAUUGGUGCCUGAUAUUGAAAAAGAUGUAACUACAAUCUUCACCAUCUCUGACGACAUUAGCUCUGGUGAUCAGCCAACUGAAGCAUUCACAAAACAGCCUUUCUCUGCAACUACUGUUCCAUCUCUUCUCAUUCAACAAACUGAAGAAAUGAGCGUUGGUGCAUAUGAUAAAGCAACUGAAGUAUUUGAAGGUUCUGCAGAAGACACAACACCAUUGAUUUUCAUUAGUGUCCUAACCCAAACAAAAUUCACUACCCAAAGUUCAGAAACCACCAUUCUGCCCACGGAUAGUCUUAGAGCAGUAAUGUCUUCCUCCCAAGAAACUGUUCUAAUCCAAAAAACACCUUCAGAAGAGGCAACAACCUCAGUGCAGUCAUCGGGGACUUCAGGUUCACAAGAGACAGAUCUAAUUCAAGAAUCACCUUCAGAAGAGACAACCACCCCAGUGCAGUCGUCGGGGACUUCAGGUUCACAAGAAACCGAUCUAAUCCAAGAAUCACCUUCAGAAGUCACAACCAGCUCAGCGCAGUCAUCGGGGACUUCAGGCUCCCAAGAACCUGUUCUGAUCCAAGAAUCACCUUCAGAAGAGACAACCACCUCAGUGCAGUCGUCGGGGACUUCUGAUUCACAAGAGACCGAUCUAAUCCAAGAAUCACCUUCAGAAGAGACAACCACCCCAGUGCAGUCAUCGGGGACUUCAGGUUCACAAGAAACCGAUCUAAUCCAAGAAUCACCUUCAGAAGUCACAACCACCUCAGUGCAGUCGUCGGGGACUUCUGAUUCACAAGAGACCGAUCUAAUCCAAGAAUCACCUUCAGAAGAGACAACCACCCCAGUGCAGUCAUCGGGGACUUCAGGUUCACAAGAGACCGAUCUAAUCCAAGAAUCACCUUCAGAAGAGACAACCACCCCAGUGCAGUCAUCGGGGACUUCAGGCUCUCAAAAAAUGGUUCUGAUCCAAGAAUCAACUUCAGAACAGAGUAACACCUCAGUGCAGUCAUCGGGGACUUCAAUCUCCCAAGAAACUGUUCUGAUCCAAGAAUCACCUUUAGAAGAGACUAACACCUCAGUGCAGUCAUCGGGGACUUCAGGCUCCCAAGAAACUGUUCUUUUCCAAGAAUCACCUACAGAAGAGACAACCACCUCAGUGCAGUCAUCGGGGACUUCAGGUUCACAAGAGACCGAUCUAAUCCAAGAAUCACCUUCAGAAGAGACAACCACCCCAGUGCAGUCAUCGGGGACUUCAGGCUCCCAAGAAACUGUUCUGAUCCAAGAAUCACCUUCAGAAGAGACAACCACCUCUGUGCAGUCAUCAGGGACUUCAGGUUCCCAAGAAAGUGAUCUAAUCCCGAAAUCACCUGCAGUAGAGACAACCACCUCAUUGCAAUCAUCAGAGACUUCAGAAGAGAUAACACAAGAAUUAUCACUUUCUACAUUUGGAUUCUCAACUGAGAAAUCUCUCACCUCAUUUACCCAAGUUUCCAGUUAUCCCACCACCAGUGUUGCUACAGACUUAAAUGUGAAAGAGUCAGUUCAGGUCUUGGAUAGGGCAACUACUUCUGCUAAAGAUGAUGUUUUCACCACCCCCAAAGCCACAAGUACUGUUGCAUUUGAAGAGAAUGGUGUAGAUUAUGAAGAUGUGUUGGGUUCUUCAAUUGUUGAAGGACAACCACCAUCCAGGGAAGGGUUCACCACAAGGAAACCAGAAAUCUGGACAGAUUCCAGCUACACUGUUGAGAGCCGUAUGGAGGAUUUGCAAGGUUUCACACUUUGCUCUGUCAGUGUGUGUGAAAAUGAUGGAACUUGCUAUUCGAAUGGAAAAAGAAACAUAUGUGUCUGCAUGCCUGGAUACAGUGGGGAACAUUGUGAAAAUGACGUUGACGAAUGUCAGUCAAACCCUUGUCGCAAUGGAGGAACAUGCAUUGAUGGGUUAAACACUUUCAGUUGUGUCUGUCUGCCCAGCUAUUCAGGACCCCUCUGUGAGCAAGAUACGGAGGUUUGUGACUUUGGCUGGCACAAGUUUCAGAGUCACUGCUAUAAGUACUUCACACACCGGCGGACAUGGGAAGCAGCGGAAAGAGAGUGCCGUCUUCAGGGUGGCCACCUCACCAGUGUCCUGUCCCAUGAAGAGCAGCUCUUUGUUAAUCGUUUGGGACAUGACUAUCAGUGGAUCGGAUUGAAUGAUAAAAUGUUUGACAAUGAUUUCCGCUGGACUGAUGGACAUCCUAUGCAAUUUGAGAACUGGAGAGCGGGUCAGCCGGACAGCUUCUUCUCCUCAGGCGAGGACUGCGUUGUGAUGAUCUGGCAUGAGAGCGGCCAGUGGAACGACGUGCCAUGCAAUUACCACCUGACCUUCACUUGCAAGAAGGGCACAGUGUCCUGCGGUCAGCCUCCUGUCAUAAAGGACGCCCAUAUCUAUGGCAGCAUGAAGGCGCGCUAUGAGAUCAACUCUCUGGUCAGGUACCACUGCAAGGACGGCUUCAUCCAAAGACACGUUCCCACUAUCAGAUGCCAAGAAGAUGGCCACUGGAACAAGCCUAAAAUCACAUGCUUGAAUCCAUCUACCUACCAGAAGAUGUAUGCACACAAAUAUCAAAACAAUAACUAUUACAACAACAGUAAGAGACGCUACAGUGAGUCGACGCAGUACCGUCAAGGCUGGUCAAAAACAGCAGAUGAUUCCAGACACUGAUCUCCAUCCAGAGCUACAGAUGCUUCACAUCUACAGAGAAGGUCUAAAGGGGUGAAGCCAAACCAUGUGCCUGAUGAAUGUUUUAGAGCUGAGAAGUGAAUUCCCCUGAGGGACUGCAAAAAAACACCACCACCCACCCACUGAGAGUGUACUUUGACUAUGCAACGGUCAGCAUUGCAUAUUGUAAUAAUGUUUAAAUUUUUUGACAUGGGGAGGGGGUUUCUGGUUGAAAUGUAUAUAGUAGAGAUAAUGAACAAGUAAAAACAGCUGUGAAUGGUGACUGUUAUUUGGUUUAAUCCAUUUUGCUUAUGAAGAACUGGAUUUCCUGUUCUCUCUGGCACAAUAAGAGAGCACUAUGGUACGAGCAGAGUAUAAACAGAACAAUUACAGUACGCAAGAGUAAAAGAACAAUAGGCAUUAUGUUGUUCACAUUGUGGUGAGGGGGGUUCAAAAGAGAUGUCACGGGGCUGGAGGACAAACAAUGCUGAAAGGACUCAUGACUGGAACACAAAUCUUCAACAUCGUCUUCCCCGGCAGCAUCCUCACUGUUUGUGAGGAUUGCUCCGAUAACAUCAAACCAUUGUACACUCUCAUAAUCAUAUUCUCAUAUGGCUUCAAAAUAUAUAUAUUUCUUUUCUUUUUUUUCCUUUUUUUUUUUUUUUAUAUGUGGGUUUGUAAUAUAACCAUUUUUACUUUUUUUAUAUGAAUGUCAUGGUAAAAUAUGAAAAUAUGAAUACUGUAUGUGUGGUUGAAUGAACUAGCAUUUCUGUCAAACAUUAUUACAAAUGUUACAUGAAGCCAUAGAAGUUUAAUUUAUUGCUGAAGAUACAUAUAACGAUGAAUGAACUGUGAGAUUUUGAAAUAAUAAAGCGCUAUUAGAAUAUUAUGAA